AUGUCUUCCGAUGGCCCAAUCAUCGACUAUGGUCCCAGUGCACCACACGGACCAGAUGUCACAGGCCAUCAUGCCCCGUUAGAAGAUCCUCUGUUCGACAUGAACAAGAAUGAAGAGGACAUGUUUCGUACCGUUCUGAAGCCCGAUGACAGCUUCGAUGAGAACGGAGUCUAUUGGGCAGAUCUACCCAUUUUGAAACGAAUCAACUUUGUCAACAAGGUCAACAAUGAAGAAGCCAAAAAGGAAGCUCGAGCAACCUGGGAAAUGUUCAAGAACGAUCCAUUGUCUCCUGUGGCGUAUUAUUUCCGCAACAUGGUCCUCCCUGGUGCCGGUCUUGGUCUUGAAGGUUAUGUCCUCUUUUCCAUUGGCAACCUUAAGCCUUUAUUUCAAAAAGGAUUUCCUGAGUGCUGGAGCACGCAUCAAAUCUGCAACAAAACUUGGUUGAAUGCCGUGGAGUACCUGGAAAUUUGUGGUAUCAUUGUUGGUCAAAUUCUUGUCGGCAUCAUCGGUGACUGGAUUGGUCGGAGAUGGGGCUUGAUUCAGGAUGCAGCCAUCAUGUUUGUUGGUCUCAUCAUGCUUGUAGCCUCCUGGGGUGUUACUCAAAACGGCUGGGUUAUUUGCUAUACUUGGUCUCUGUUCUUCUACGGUAUCGGAGUCGGUGGAGAGUAUCCCAUGACAGCCACCUCUGGCAUGGAAAAUGCUGUUGGAUCCGGGAAAGUUUCCACCAAAGAUGAUCGUCUACACCGCGGCCGUAAGGUCACCAGUGCCUUUUUGAUGCAGGGCUGGGGUCAAUUCUUCAACCAGGUCUUGCUCAUACUUCUACUGUUGAUUUUCCACCACGGAAGCGGAAAUGCGCCAUAUUCCGCUCUCGCUGUUCAGUACACGUUCCGUGUUUCGUUUGCUAUUCCCGCCGUGGGCACACUUUGGCUGGUUUACUAUCGUACAUACAAAGUCAAAGGCGGAGCAAACAAGCAAUUGCGAAUCGCCAAGAAGAAGUCCUCCGUCACAGGUUACGAUACAGAAUCCUUGAAGAUUACCUGCCGGCAUUUCGGUGGCCGUCUUCUUGCGACUGCUGGUACCUGGUAUAUGAAUGACGUCUUCUUCUACGGCAACAAGUUGUUCCAAAGCGAAUUCAUCAAAGUUAUCACACCUCAUAGUACCUCGAUCAUGCCUGGUUGGUUAUACAACUUGGUCAAUGUCGGCGUUUCUCUUUGCGGCUACUACCUGGCGAGCUUUCUGAUCGAUCACAAGCUCUACGGUCGCAAACAUAUGCAAAGCAUAGGAUUCUUGAUGGACUUCAUUCUGUUCAUCAUUCCAGCUUUCAAUUUCGAGUAUUACACAUCGAGGGAGCACAUCAAGUCAUUCCAGACAAUGUACUUCUUGUCGUCGUUCUUCAAUCAAUUCGGACCCAACUCUGUCACAUUCCUUGCGGCGGCAGAAGUGUAUCCUACCGCUGUCCGUGCAACCGCUCACGGAUUUUCUGCAGCCGUGGGCAAGCUAGGUGCCCUCACAGCAUCAAUCCUGUACAACUACAUCGACACACAGACGAAGUUCUACGUCGUGCCUUGGUUUGGACUUGCAGGUUUAGUUCUCAACGUGGUCUUCAUGCCCGACACUACCGGUCUUGAUCUCAAAGAGCAAGAGCGCCGAUGGGCAUUCAUCCGCUCCGGCCGCGAAGAGGACUAUCAUGGAAUCGCCAUCCAUCCCAAGCACUUGAGUCUAUGGGAGCGUAUUAGAGGCGUUGGCAAACACUAUGACCCAGACCUUGACUACAAGCAGCGCAUCGAAGAGAUGAGAGCAGAAUGGGAAUCUCGCAUGCAAGAGAAGAUUGACGAAAAGGCAGGGCGACUUGACGCCGAUGAUUUCGAUGAUGAGGAGUUCCACGAACAUCUGCAAUCUUACUUCCAACGAUCAACGAGGAGAGCCACCUUACAGGGACCAUUCCGACACACCAACGGGAAUGGAAACGAAUUGACCGAGAAGAUCACUCCCUCCGAUGACAGCAAUGCUACUUCGGAUGACAGCAUUACCGGCACCAAUGGUCGGCACUAG